UCAGGGGGAGAAGAGAUAUGAGAGCCAGUCGUCCUCUGGAGAGAACAACUUCCUCUGAAUCUGCUGCUGUUCCAUUUGAUCGAUCUUCUUCCAUCCGGAUCGAUAUUUCUGAGAGCUGAAGCGCGGAGCAGCCGGGUGUCCUGCUCAGAAUGGAGUCAUGUUCUCUCUUCUUUCUGCUCCUUCUCCUCGUCGCUCGCUCUGAAACGGUGCAGCUCCAGUCGAGUUCCCGGGAGCCUGAGAAGCCGUCAUCCCCAGAGGAGCAGACCCUGACGACCCCAGAGGAGCAGACCCUGACGACCCCAGAGGAGCAGACCCUGACGACCCCAGAGGAGCAGACCCUGACGACCCCAGAGUUACCAGGGCUUCCAGAACCAACCCUCACCACUGCUGCCCCGACCCCGAAAGCUCCCGAGACCGAUGACUUCCUGGGUCCACAAGAGUGCCUGGACCAGAAGCUGACCCGUGCGUCGUGUGACCGGGUGUUCUGCGCCCCGUGGGAGCGCUGCAUUGAAGGACAGUGUUCCUGCAAACCGCCGUACCUGUGUCCCCUGGAGGGGGUGGAGCCGGUUUGUGGGCGAGACGGCAGGAACUACAGAUCCUACUGCCAGGUGAUGGCGGUCUCGUGUCGGAGCAGGAAACCCGUCAUGUCCCACUUCGGGCAGCUCUGCAAAGGGAACGUCCUGAAGUUCGAGAGCUCCAGAGACUGGGCCAGCGGAGUGGUCCGGAUCUCCCUCCCCGACGGCGCCGGCGGCAGGGAGGACCUGCUGGUGUGUAGCGAGCUCUGGGACAUGGCUGCUGCCAACGUGGCCUGCAGGGAGGACCGGCACCCGUUGGGGGCGGCGUCUGCUGAUGCCGUGGACUACAGCGCCGUGGCGGCCGGCGGGGACCAGACGCUCCCGGGCCGCUGCGUCAGCGUCCGAUGCCGAGGCUACGAGACGUCGCUGGCCGAGUGCGAAAUCCACGACAAGCAGGACGUCGGGGACAAGAGGGUCGCUGCUGCAACCUGCUACCAGGACAAGCCCCGAGAAUGUGGCUUCCUCUGCGCCAACGGCAAGUGCGUGAACCGGACCCAGACGUGUGACGGGGUGGACGACUGCGGCGACCGCAGCGACGAGAUGUGCUGCAAGCGCUGCCGGAACGGCGCGCUGCGGUGCAAGACGGGCGUCUGCCUACACCCGGACGCCGUCAGGGACCAGCAGGUCGACUGCCUGGACGGCGAGGACGAGGUGCUAGGACACGUGGAAGCGGGCGCACCGGACGGGGGGGUCCAGACGACCCGGCCAGAGUACGUCUCCCGCAGAAACGAGACGCGGUCGGCCCGGCGGCAGCUGGAGUCCCUGCUGCACUGCGGCGUUCCCAACCACGACCUGGUGGACGACGUGGACGUGGUGCAGCGCGGGAGACGCAGCCGCGUCCGCAGGGUCGUGGGAGGAGUUCCCGCCAAGCCGACCCAGAUCCAGUGGCAGAUCGCUCUGCAGGAGCACCGGAGGAUCGACUGCGGAGGCGCCUACAUCGGAGGCUGCUGGGUCAUCACCGCCGCCCACUGCGUCAGGCCGAAUCCGUCCGCCUUCAAAGUCAAGUUCUCUCUCUGGAGGAAACACGGCCCUCAGAGCACCACCGACAUCGUUCCCGUGGAGGACAUCCGCAUCCAUCCCAACUACGUCCCCAGCACCUACGAGAACGACAUCGCGCUGGUGAAGCUGGAGAAGCUCCCGUUCUCAGACAAGUGUCUGGAGGACAACCCGGCCGUCAGACCGGUCUGCGUCCCCUGGUCCACGCAGCUGUUCCAGCCCAACCACACCUGCAGCAUCUCCGGGUGGGGGCGGACCGCAGAGGGAAGAUCUGCUCAGGUGCUGCUGUGGGCCAACGUGUCCCUGAUCGCGGGCUGCCAGGCGUCCUACGGAGGCCGCUUCAGGCCGGGGAUGAUGUGUGCAGGUGACCUGGAGGGCAGCGUGGACUCGUGCCAGGGCGACAGCGGCGGCCCGCUGGUGUGCCAGGACGAGCUGGGCGUGUCCUACCUGUGGGGCAUCGUCAGCUGGGGGGAGCGGUGCGGCCAGCCCGGGUUCCCCGGCGUUUACACCCAGGUGGCUCACUACUUCGAGUGGAUCCGGCUCCACACCGGGUGGCCCGCCGUCACCAGGUUCAACUCCUGACCCGAGCAGCUGGUGGAGGCUUGUCCACGUGUCCCGGACCAGGACUUAGCGUGGUCUUCUACAGGCCCACCUCGUCUUCGUUGAAGCACUAAUAAAGUUUUUCCUGUUUGUA